CAAUUUCAAAACCUAACCUUUUUAGUUAGCGGCGACCACAACAACACGUGGAUAGCUUGUUCGGUGACAUGCGACAGAAUAUCGAUUUUAAUUAAGAAAUUAGUGAAUUAGUUAUAAUUAUUUAUAGUCAAAAUGCAGCACGACGAUGUUGUUUGGAGCAUCAUCAACAAAUCGUUCUGUUCCUUCAAAGUCAAUACAAAAUCACAACGGUUUUGUAGAAAUGAAUACAAUCUCACAGGUUUGUGCAGUCGAUCGUCAUGUCCACUUGCAAACAGUCAGUAUGCAACAGUCAGAGAAGAGAAUGGUAUUAUAUACCUAUACAUGAGAACAGCUGAAAGAAUUCAUGCCCCAAAGAAUCAGUGGGAAAAAGUAAAGUUAUCUCGGAAUUUCGAAAAAGCAAUUCAUCAAAUCAAUGAGAAUCUACUGUAUUGGCCUGGAUUUAUAAAAUCAAAAUGUAAACAAAGGUUUGUCAAAAUCACACAGUAUUUGAUCCGUAUGAGGAAACUGAGGCUCAGACGACAGAAGAAACUUGUUCCACUGCAGAGAAAGAUUGAAAGAAGAGAAAGAAGGAGAGAAGAAAAGGCUCUCAUUGCUGCUAAACUUGAUACAAAUAUAGAGAAACAGUUGAUGGAGCGAUUGAAAAAAGGAGUGUACAAAGAUAUAUACAACUUCCCACAAAAAGUCUUUGAUAAAGCAGUUGAAGCUGUUGAAAUUGAGGGAGAAAGUGAGGUAGAAAGCGAGGAUGAAGAAGAUAAGCAAGAAAUCGAAAAGGAGGUUGAACAGGAAUUGGAGGCUGAUGAGGAAAUGCAAAACAAUACUUCCCAAUUUGUUGCAGCUGACAGCGAUGACGACGACAGUGAUGAUGAUGAAUAUGAAUAUGAAAUGGAAUCUGCAGAUGAAGAGAGUGAUUCUGGUUUGAAAGAACAAGUGGAAAUGUCUGACAGUUUUGAAUCUGACGCAAGUGACAUUGAGGACGCCGUUGCAUCGACAAGUAAGGGUAUGAAGAAACCUAAAGUAAUCAAGAAGGACAAAACACCAACUAAACCUAAACGAAAGGUUGAAAUCGAAUAUGAAGUUGAAGAAGAGCCGAGGCAAAGAGCCGUUAGAUAGGGUAUUCUAUUGUUAUUCUAUGAAAUUUUAACUAAUUUUGUAAUAAAUCGUUUAAAAACCACGCUUCACCGGUUUAAUCAAUCAA